AUGGAGGAAAUGAGAAACGGCGAAGAGAACGGUACUUCUCACUGGAUCCCAUAUAUGUUCUUUGAUCGAUCUUCUGUAACGAUUCAUCUCUUAAAGUGGUUCGGUCUCGGAAGCUCUUCUCCAUCAUCCACAUUUAAAGAAGAAGACGUUAUGGAGACAAAGGAGGAGGAAGAUGAUAUCACCGUUGAUAUCACAGAGCGGCGGUUGCAGAAAAGUAAGCCUAAUCCAAAACCAAAACCAAAACCAAAACCAAGCCCAGGAACAGGAGGACAAGUCCAUUAG